AGAAGACUCAGAAAGUGGUGUUUACAUGCGAUUCAUGAGGUCACACAAGUGUUAUGACAUCGUUCCCACCAGUUCAAAGCUUGUUGUCUUUGAUACUACAUUGCAAGUUAAAAAGGCCUUCUUUGCCUUGGUAGCCAACGGUGUCCGAGCAGCCCCACUGUGGGAGAGCAAAAAACAGAGUUUUGUAGGAAUGCUAACAAUUACAGAUUUCAUAAAUAUACUACAUAGAUACUAUAAAUCACCUAUGGUACAGAUUUAUGAAUUAGAGGAACAUAAGAUUGAAACAUGGAGGGAGCUUUAUUUACAAGAAACAUUUAAGCCUUUAGUGAAUAUAUCUCCAGAUGCAAGCCUCUUCGAUGCUGUAUACUCGUUGAUCAAAAAUAAAAUCCACAGAUUGCCAGUUAUUGACCCUAUCAGUGGGAAUGCACUUUAUAUACUUACCCACAAAAGAAUCCUCAAGUUCCUCCAGCUUUUUAUGUCUGAUAUGCCAAAGCCUGCCUUCAUGAAGCAGAACCUGGACGAGCUUGGGAUCGGGACGUACCACAACAUUGCCUUCAUCCACCCGGACACUCCCAUCAUCAAAGCCUUGAAUAUAUUUGUGGAAAGACGAAUAUCAGCGCUGCCUGUUGUGGAUGAGUCAGGAAAAGUUGUAGAUAUUUAUUCCAAAUUUGAUGUAAUUAAUCUUGCUGCUGAGAAAACAUACAAUAACCUGGAUAUCACAGUGACCCAGGCCCUUCAGCACCGCUCACAGUAUUUUGAAGGUGUCGUGAAGUGCAAUAAGCUAGAAAUACUGGAGGCCAUUGUGGACAGGAUAGUAAGAGCUGAGGUCCAUCGGCUGGUGGUGGUAAAUGAAGCAGACAGUAUCGUGGGCAUUAUCUCCCUGUCAGACAUUCUGCAAGCCCUGAUACUCACGCCAGCAGGUGCCAAACAAAAGGAGACGGAAACAGAAUGACCACCGUGAAUGUAGACGCCCUCGUAGGAGAACUUGAACAAAGUUUCUGGGUCACGUUUUGCCUCAUGAACACUGGCUGCAAUAGAAGAGAGUAAAAUGGUUAAGAAUGUAUAUCGGGGUUUAAUGAUGGGUAUUUUUUCCAGUGAUGUUAAAACUAAACAUAAAAAAGAAAGAUUUUAUGUGCUUGAAGAUUCAGGCUUGCAUUAAAAGACUGUUUUCAGACCUUUGUCUGAAGGAUUUUAAAUGCUGUAUGUCAUUAAAGUGCACUGUGUCCUGAAAUUUUUAUUAUUUUUCAUUUCAAAGAAUUCACUGGUGUGGGACAGGUGACGUGACAUAAGGCGGGCGCACGGCGUGCGCGGAUCUCAGUGCCUUAUGUCCGGAGACAGCAAUGCGCCAUCACCGCCCGCCGCAGCCGGAGCGCACGCGCGUGGAGCCGCACCGAGCUUGAAUGUGGAAGUCUUUAACCUUUUACCAAAUCAGUUUGUUUUCAUUAGAUUUGUCAAAAAGUUGUAAUUUGAAUAUAAGUAAUUACUUUUAAAACUUUAACGACACUUUUAUGUUUAAGUGUUCUGUUCUAAGCUACCAUGUAAACAGGGCUGCUUUACAACAGCUUUAUUUAUUUUUACUUUCAUGCAAUUUUUUACACGUCUUUUGGUGGGUAAACUUCACCAGAUCCAUUAAUAAACUCUUGGUUGUUAUUUUAAAAUGGCAGAUUUCUCACUACUUAAGUUUGGAUCUGGAAAGGAUAUGAUUUCUAAAAUAGCCACUGUUGGGUUUUAGAAGCGGAGGUUUCUAAGAGCAUGUGGGGAGACAGGCUGGUGGUCAGGAGGAAGCCAAGUGCCGGGAAGAUGUCUAUUUUUUUCUUGUGUAUUGAAAUGUAAAAUCAUGAUGUUCGUAUGAUUGCUGAUGCGAUUGUUUUUGUAAAUUUUAUUGUGGCAUAUACAGUAUUGUCAUACGGUUGAAGAGAAACAAUGUUUCUUGAUGUAAGUGCUCUGAAAAUGUUGACACUGUAUAUAUAUAUGAGGAUAGUUUGGUUUUUUGUUCUUUGGUUUGUUUUUUUUUUUCAGAUUGAAAAAUUAAAAUAAAUCCUACUAUCUACC